AUGCAUUCGCCGCCGCUUCCAAUCCUCUCCCUCUUCCUUCUCCUCUUCCUCGCCGUUCACCCACGAUGCGACGCAGCAGUUCCCCUCACAAAAUACUGCGGCACCGACAGGAAGAUCACCCGGGCCGCCUCCGCGAACAUAGCUCGCGUCCUGGCCUCACUCCUGUCGGAGACUCCCUCCAAGGGCUUCUCCACCGCCUCCUACGGCAGCGGCCACGGGGACCGAGCAUACGGUCUCGCCCAGUGUCGACAGGACGUCAGCGUCGAGGACUGCAGAACCUGCCUCAGGGACUCCGCCGCCCAGCUACCCAAACUCUGCCGCGGCGGGGCCGACGCCAGGGUGUGGUUUGACUACUGCUUCCUGCGCUAUGGCACCAGACCCUUCGCCGGCGAGCUUGAUACCGCGUAUGGACUCUUCUACAUCAACGUACAGAACGUGACGGAGGAUGCGGCGGAGCAGCGCAGGUUCGACCGGGAGCUGGGGUCGCUGAUGAGCAAGAUUCAGACGCAGGCGCCGGCACGGGGCAGCCGGGGGCUGGCGAAGCUUCAGACCAAGUUCACACCCUUCGUCACCAUCUACGCGCUGGCGCAGUGCACGCAGGAUCUGCCGCCGCUGGCCUGCGCCCAAUGCAUCUCCAUUGCGGUGGCCAACUUCCCCGUCCUCUGCCCGCACAGGAAGGGAUGCCGGGCUCUCUACAGCAGCUGCUACGUCCGCUACGAGAUCUAUCCUUUCUUCUUCCCAGUCCCCGCCGGCUCCUCCGCUGCCGCUGCCGCCGCCGCCGCCGCCGCCGCCGCCGCGGCGUCCUCCGUUUCUGUGGUGGUUUACCCUUAG